GCCGCAGAGCUUGGCCAUGUUGAGAUUCUCAGCUGCAUGAUGGCAGCUGGUGCAGACCCCAACAAAAGCACCAGCAUAGGCGGGCGGGCGCUGCACCAGGCUGCCUUUUCUGGGCAGGCGGGUGCGGUGCGUUGCUUGCUGGCGGCAGGAGCUGAUGUUGACCCAAGAACUUUGGAGCUGACAACUCCGCUG